GGGGCGGGCCGAGUGGCCCGGGGCUCCUCCCUCCUCGGCCGCCCGCACUCUUAACCCGCGCUCAGGAACGCCCGAGUCACUGGGCUCCGCCGAGCAGAGAACCGUGGGCCCGCACGCGUCCGGUCCCGAGGUCGCCGCCAGCACGCGACAUGGCCCCCGCAGCGGCGUCGGGGGGCAGCUCCCUGCCCAGCGGCUUUGCCGUCUUCGCCACCUUCCCUGACCUGCUCUUCAUCUUCGAGUUUGUGUUCGGGGGCCUAGUGUGGAUCCUGAUCGCCUCAGCCCUGGUGGCCAUCCCACUGGUGCAGGGCUGGGUGAUGUUCGUGUCUGUCUUCUGCUUCGUGGCCACCACAGCAUUGAUGGUUCUGUAUAUAAUGGGUGCCCAUGGUGGGGAGACAUCCUGGAUCACCCUGGACGCGGCCUACCACUGCACGGCCUCCCUGUUUUACCUCAGCGCCUCCGUCCUCGAAGCCCUGGCCACCAUCUCCAUGUAUGAAGGCUUCACCUAUAAGCAAUACCACGAGAACAUCUCUGCCGUGGUCUUCUCCUAUGUGGUCACCCUGCUUUACGUGGUGCACGCGGUGUUCUCUCUGAUCCGAUGGAAGUCUUCCUAAGGCAGCCACAGAACCCUCCGGAGAGUCCGUGGCAUUGACUGGCUGCCUUCCAGCAUAGCCUUUGAGAAUGCAGGGGUGCUC